GAGCACCAGAGACAGCGACGCAGACGAAGAAGACGACGAGCGCCGUGUUAGUCGAGGAUGCACCCUGCAGUACCAGCGGGCCUUGGUCAAGGUGCUGACCCAGUUCCACACCACCUCAACAGAGGGCACUGACCAGGUCAUCACCAUGCUUGGGCCCGACUGGCAGGUGGACGUUACAGACCUGGUCCAGGACUCCCUGAAAGUGGCCGACCCCAGAAUAGCUGAGUUGGUGGACCGGACGGUGUUGGUGGGUCUGGAGCUGGGAUCCACUGUGCUGAAGGUGGAGUCUCCGCUGGCAGUCGACGCGGUGUUGGGAGAGUCGGCGUUCUCCGUGACAGAUGAGAAGGUUUCCAUCACCGAGAUGCGAGUUCACGCCGUCUCAGGCCUGACCCUGUCGCUGCAGCCCAGCCCCGGCAACAGUCACACCAUGGUCGCCAAGGCAACCGGCAUCCAGACGCUCACAGCUCUGAAGCAGGAGGCCAGUUUGUCCAUCUGGAUGCUCUUCAGUGACAACACAGCCGCCACUCUGUCUUACUUUGAUCCCAAAGACUACAACCUCAACGCCUCCACACUGGAUGACAAAGUGGUGUCGAUAUCCCAGGAGCCUCAGCAACGGUGGCCCGUGGUGGUGGCAGAAGGCGAGGGAUUCGGUGAGAUGGUGCGUUUGGAGAUGACCAUCUGCGAGGCCUGCCAGAAGACCAAACGGAAAAGCGUCAUCGCGUCUGCCGCGGUUCACGUCAAGGUCCGCUUCGGCCCCGAGGAGGACUCGGAAGAAGAGGCGACCACGGAGGGCGAGAUCGAGCUGACUCCUUUCACCAGGCGUCCGAUCAUUGAUCCGAACGUCAGCGGAAGAAUUUACGAGACGUCCAACGAGCAACCCGCCAGCGUUCCCAUUGAUUACACCAAUUUCCCCACCAUUAGCAACCAAGAGAGGCCGACCGAGAGCGACGAGGAAGAGGAGGACGACUUUGUGCACUCGCCUCGGAACAUGACCGACCUCGAGAUCGGCAUGUACGCCCUCCUGGGAGUUUUCUGUUUGGCCAUUUUAGUUUUUCUCAUCAACUGCAUCGUGUUUGUGCUGAAAUACCGCCACAAGAGAAUCCCCCCCGAGGGUCAGGCCAACAUGGACCACUCCCACCACUGGGUGUUCUUGGGAAACGGCCAGCCACUGAGGGCCCAGUGUGAGCUGUCACCGCAGCAGGUGGAGAGUCCCAGCAACCCCUUGGAAGGCGUGCAGACUUGUUGCCACGGGGACCACCACAGCAGCGGCAGCUCCCAGACCAGCGUUCAGAGCCAGGUGCACGGGCGGGGCGACGGCAGCUCCGGGGGCUCGACGAAGGAGAACGGCGAGGAGGCCAGCUCCCCGACUUCCAAGCGCAAACGAGUCAAGUUCACCACCUUCACCACCCUCCCCACGGAGGAGCUGCCCUAUAACUCCAUCCCCAUAGCGGACGAAGAGGACAUUCAGUGGGUUUGCCAGGAUAUGGGCUUUCAAGACCCAGAGGAACUGCACGAUUACAUGCGCAGAAUAAAAGAGAUAGCCUGAGAUAAGAGGGGGGGGCAGCGUGGACCGACGCUCUCAGCUUUCUAAAGAAAUGUUCCUUUCUAUUUUUCUCUUUUUCACCUAAGUGAAAGAUAACUUUUUCACAGACUAAAAGGCCAACUGUUGUUUCGGUUAGAGUGUGUUCCAUUUAGUUUGCACAGUGCUGUAAUCUCAUACACGCUCACACAGGAGAGAAUGCAAAGGGAAGCAAGCCAAAGACUUGACCAGAGGAUCUCAAUAUCACUGGAGGAAUCUGUAAAAUCUUGGCUAUAUGAAACAUGUUUCACCGCAAAAGUUGAGUGAGUCAUGGCCAAAAAAGUGAGAGCUGCUCCGGCUUAUUUUUUAGGAUCUGCUUUUUGAGAGAAAAGCCUGAUAGGGACAGGAAUGUAGAGGUUUUUGGUGUUGGCUGUGUUCUUUGCUGGCUCAGUUGGACUCUGCUGUACUGUACCUACUUCAAACAAAGAGGCCUUUGAUGAACAAAAAAAAAAAAAAACUGUCAAAGACUCUCAUGGAAGCUAUGUUUAAAAAAAAAAAAAAAAAAAAAUCAUUUUGUUUUGCCAAAGUAGAAAAAAGUGUUCUUUUAAUGGCGAAAAACUUUCUUCAUUGUUGUUCUCGGUGCAGCACACUCAUGAUUUGUACUCAUGUUCAUUCCAUGCAUUUUUCUACAUUUCAUAGCGAGGCAAAAAGCAGUGCCCUACAACUAGUCCUUCCUGGUCCUGGAUAAAAAUCGAAUGCCUUAUAAAACACUUCUUAUAUCAGCGCAGACACCCUGUUUUUUCUCACCACGGCUAGAGACGGUGUAAGUAAGACGUAAAAACACUGAACUCGAGCAUGAGGUAUACAUGUGUGUUUGGAGGAUCUCGAAUAUCUUUGCAUGGACGCGGAUCUCGAGGCACAAUCAGCAACCUUUUUUUUUUUUUUUUUCCCCAAAUUUGUAGAUGUUUGUAUUGUAAUUAUAUAACCAUUCAUACACAUAGUAAAAGUAAAAUAGGUUAUCAUGCAUUACACGCAUGUCAUGCCAGGCAUACUGACACGCAGACAUUCUUCCUCUAGUAUCUGUAAAUACUGAAUAUCGAGACAGGACUCGCGUCCCCGCACCAACGCUCGACGACUCCCUGGCUCCGAGCUCGAAAAAAGAGUGGGCAGCCCGGGAUGGAGUCUUGACAUUUUCUUUUUUUUAGUCUUGUGCUGAGUAGAAGGGUUCCCCCUUUUGGUAAUGUCGAGCAGAACUGUAGCUUUUUAAAAACAAAUGGGUCUCACAUCUGGCUGUUAAACAUUUGGGUGGUUUGCUAUGCAUCAGAAUUGUAAGAGAUCUGAUCUUUUGGGUGAUUUAUUUACCAUCCUGAAGUUAAGCUGUCCCCACCAGCCUCUGGGGGAAAAAAUGAACUUAUGAGGUACUAGUUGGAAACAUUCUCACUGAACACAGGAACUCAUCUAAACUCUGCAGGAAAUGCCAACCCCCCCCCCC